AACAGUUUGUACCCCUUUUGUAUUGGUGUGUGUGUUUAACGAUGUCAACUAUGUCAACUCGGUUCUAAUCAUGUUUCUAUGUGGAGAGUAAGGGACUCAAAUGCGUUGGUAAACACGGAGGAGAUAUAUAUAUGUGUUACGAGCACUGUGUCGAGCGUAGCUAACCGCACACCGGGCGUUGUUUUCGUGGGGAAAUCGGAGUGGUCAACCGAAGGCAAGCAAGGGAGUUUUCGUGGAACUUGCUCUGCAUGACUGAAAGCUGCAACAGUUUGUGUCAAACUUAUUGCAUAAGCCAUAUCUCAAGUGUGACUCACUUGUGUUUUAGGAAAAUAUAUAGAGGCUUAAACCUAGCAAUACUGAUAGCAGGAAAACAGUGACGUAAUAUCAUAGAAGACGGUUGCUAUAAUAUUAAAACAAAAUUGCAGGAGAAGUCUAUUAUAGUUGAUGCUGUCAAAGUGUUAGUUAUUCAAGUUUACAAAUGGUUUUAGAAAGUGUGGACCACUAAAACAUACCGAUAACCACAGUGUACGCCUAACCGUGUUUACCCGUCGUUGACGUCACGUAAAACUGCACACAGUGAGUUGUUUCUGUCGUCUUGCUAGCGGGUCGUGCUGAUGUCGGAGCUCUGAGCCAUGGAGCCUGGAGGUUAAUUAAAUCGGCAAUCCGUGGUCCCUAGCUCUUCCAAGAGACGGCGUCUGAUUAUUUAAGUUCGCUCAGUUUACCUAGUCUUUCAACAAGUUUGAUCUAGACGGUAAAGGGGCGAGAAGUCGGUUACAGAGGGUUAGAGAAUUCUCCCAUCCAGUUCAGGAAGGAAACCGAGAUGGACGAAUCUUUGCUUUCCCCGAGGUCUACGAUUUCCCAGAUGUCGUCAGUGACGACUCCUCGUAACACGCCAUAUUGGACCCCAGUGCCAACUCCCCUGAUGAGACGACACGCCCAGCAGCAGCAACUGACGCAGUUUGAUAUAAAACUUAUAGAGCUAGAUCAAGUGAAAAAAGAUGCUCUGGCACAUCUGAAGAAGUACAACGCUUUGCGGACGCAGUUUAUUGAAUGGUUCAGCGCAAACAACAAGGCCUUUUGUGUGGCCUUACAGACUGUACAGCUGGCAGUUCCGGAUCUAGUCCCGAGAGACAUAUAUACCAUGAAUGACUUCAUCAAGGUUCUUGAAAUGUGCAGAUUGUUAUUAAGCAAAAAAAGAUGGCGGCUUACAUCACACGAAAAACUGGAAGAAUUUUAUGAAUUCUGGACACGACUAAGUGAAUUAAAAGCAAUGGGAGAUAAGAAUGUCUAUGAAAGAACUUGUGAAUUUUGCGAAAGCAUUACGAGACUUCGUGAGCCUCAAAUCAAAGACAAAAUCGAUCGUCUGUAUGCAAAACUGAACAAGGAAUAUUCCAAUGACUUCAUCUUCAAAGAAAUCCACAAUGAGAGGGAUAAUUUGUUCACCUACAGGAUGAUGCAGCCGGCGUUUCUUGGCCUAAUUAGUUAUAUUCCAUAUCUUUUGAAGAACGCAACAAAAGUGUGUUAUCUAGUCACAAAGUUACACAUAGAAAAAGAAUGAACUGUUAUUCCUUAAUUUUACUUUUGCUCAAUGUCUCAAAUUAUGUAUGUAUGUAUUUUUUACGCUUUCGGUGAGUUUUUAUAUACUGUAUAUUUUGCU